AUGAUUAACAUCUCCACGCUCUACGAAAAGCGACAGGAGUUGAUCUUUGUCGUGAAGGAGUUUAUCAAAUAUGUGAAGGAGAACAAAAAGAUUGACUACCGCUCCAAGCAUGUGGUGAUUUUUUUGGCCACCGUUCUCUCCACGGGUGUCGUUGGUGUCGUUUACGCCGUCCAGAAGCUCAUCAAUGACAUGCGUGAGAGACAGGCGAACAGACGCUAUACAUUCAAGCGCCGGUCGUCGGCAAUCAUCAAAAGCGGUGCCAGAGCUAUCUACAUUCCCCGCGGGAACAAAGAGGUGCGCAUAGCGAUCCCCAGACCGAACAUGGAUGUCUAUGAGGCGGACAAAUUCAAGUUCAAGAACUUCCAGAAGGAUUUGAAGUUAUACGAGAAGAGCAGCAUCUUCAAUUCGCGGUUCUUGAGGCAGAUCAUCAUCAUUUGGCAGAUAUUGAUCCCGCGAGUGUUCCAUAGAAACUCCUACUUCUUGGCGACCCAGUGCUUCUUCUUGGUGUUGAGAACCUGGUUGUCGUUGAUGAUUGCCAAGUUGGACGGUCAGAUCGUUAAAGACAUCAUUGGUGGUAAGGGGAGAAGCUUCAUCCGCGACUUGGUCUACUGGUUUGCGAUCGCCUUCCCUGCGUCGUAUACCAACGCCGCAAUCAAAUUCUUGACCUCCAGGUUGUCCAUCAACUUCAGAACCAACUUGAUGAGAUACAUCCAUGACUUGUACAUGGACAAGAGCAUGAUCUACUACAAGCUUGACUUGAACAACUCUGACCUCACCAACAUCGACCAGUACAUCACCAAUGACGUUACUAAGUUCUGUGACUCCAUCUGUGAUUUGUUCACCAGCAUGGGGAAGCCGAUGAUGGACUUGAUCUUCUUCUCUAUCUACUUGAGAGACAACUUGGGGACUGCCGGGAUUGUGGGGCUCUUUGCCAACUACUUCUUGACCGGAUACGUGUUGAAGAGAAACACUCCGGCGUUCGGCAAGUUGUCGAAGCAGAGAACCGAGCUCGAGGGUGACUACUACAACGCCCACUUGAAUUUGAUCACAAACUGCGAGGAGAUUGCGUUCUACAAGGGCUCGUUGUUAGAGAAGAUGAGAAUCAACAAGAUUUUCCUGCAGGUGACCAAACACUCCGAGAAGGAGCACGCCGUUAAGGUGCCUUACUCGGCCUUGGAAGACUACAUCUUGAAAUACACCUGGUCCGCCUUGGGAUACUUGUUUGCCUCCAUUCCUAUCUUUAUGGACGAACUUUUUGUUCCGGAAUCCAAAAAGAGCUCCAAGAAGCACCAGGUGAAUGAAGAAAAAAACAUGAGACAGUUCAUUGUGAACAAGAGAUUGAUGUUGAACAUGGCCGAUGCGGGUUCCAGAUUGAUGUACUCCAUCAAGGACAUUAGUGAAUUGACCGGCUACACCGACCGUGUGUUCUCGUUGUUGUCCAACUUGCACCAGGUCCACUCGCGUGACUUCCAGUACGGAAACAAGUUGGAGAAUGACAUCAACGGCACUAUUCAAACCAACUACCACGGGUUGAGAGUUGAAAAGUUGCCAGUUAUCAUUCCAUCUAGUGAAGGCUCUGAAGGGGUGCAGCUCAUCGAAGAAUUGUCCUUCCAGAUCAAGGAGUCCCAGAACUUGUUGAUCUUGGCAACUAACGGUGUCGGUAAAACCUCUAUCGGGCGCAUCAUUGCUGGCUUGUGGCCUAUCUACAGGGGAUUGUUGUCCAAGCCGGACGACUCUGACAUCUACUACUUGCCUCAGAAGACCUACUUCAGCAGCGGCACUUUAAGAGACCAGGUUAUCUACCCGUUCUCUCACGCCGAAAUGCUUGGGAUGGGGUACACCGACGAACACUUGUACCGUGUCUUGAGAGAUGUGAAGUUGGAGUAUUUGUUGGAUAGAGAGGGUGGCUGGGAGGUCAAAAAGGACUGGAAGGAUGUCUUCAGUGGCGGUGAGAAGCAAAGAAUGUCGUUAGCCAGAGUAGUCUUCAAGAGACCGCAGUUUGUCGUCUUGGACGAAUCCACCAAUGCCGUCAGCAGUGAUGUUGAAGACUAUUUGUUUGAAAUGUUGCAAAAGAAGAAGAUUACCUUCAUUACCUUGUCCCACAGACCUUUGUUGAUCAAGUACCAUGACUACUUGUUGGAUAUUCAGCCAGACGGGCAGUGGGAGUUUGUUACCUUGGGUACCGACGAAGGUAUCAGCUCUGUUGAGAAAGAGAUCCACGAGAUUGAAACCAAGUUGAGCGAAGUUGCCGCCUGGACCAGCAGAAAGGAGGUGGUUGAGGCUUACUUGGACGGUAAGACCGAGCCGAGUAUUUUGAUCGAAAGUGCCUCUUCCUAA